GCAGUGACCAAAAAAUGAUGGUUCCAAGUUGGUUAACCUGUGUGACGUUGAUGUUUGUUCUCAUAGAUAUCAUCGAAGCCGUAGUGUAAAAACCAGAGUGUUGUGUUCCAUCUUCGUUGUUUCCAUCAUCCAUCAUCCAUCCCUAGCAGCUAGCACCACCUUCUCUUCAUUCCCAACAACACUCUCAUCAUCGAUCUCAUCGCCCUUUCAAAACCCUUAUAUAACACGCCUUACCGACUUCAACCCCCAACCCAGAAAUCUCGGUUUUUCAUUCGUGGGGUUGGUUCAGAAUGGCGUCGUCUUUCACUGUCCCUUGCCCCAAAUGCCUCUCUUUUACCGGUUCUGGGUUGAACUCUCGGACCCCUCCGCCGCAGAACAUGCAGAUUCGGAGCGGGUUGGGGUUGAAGGAAUCCGGGUCGUUUGGAUCUUUGAGCCAUGAUUCAGCAGCACCAAAUGGGAUUCAGGCCCUUAACAGAAAACAAUAUUCUGUCUGGAAGUUUCAAGCAUUACCUAGUGAGGCUGCUACAGUUGGAAAUUCUUCAAAUUCUGCUCCUGUACUGGUCAAAGAACCUAAAGUCGCUUCACUAGAAGAGAAAGAUAAUGGGAAACCCUCUGGUCCAAGCACUUCUACAGAUGCAUCUUCAAUAUCUGCUUUUAUGAAUCAAGUUUCAGACCUUGUUAAACUUGUGGAUUCUAAAGAUAUCGUGGAGCUGCAACUUAAGCAAGCGGACUAUGAGCUGAUGAUAAGAAAAAAGGAAGCUUUGCAGCCUCCACCAGCUACUUUUGUAGCUCCAGCAUCACAGCCAUAUCCCUAUCCCGCACAUGCUUCUCCGCAAGCACCACCACCACCACCACCUGCUGUUGCUUCUGCUCCUACAAAAGCAGCUCCUGCCCUUCCACCUGGAAAAUCAAGCUCAUCAUCUCUUCCACAGUUGAAAUGUCCAAUGGCGGGAACCUUUUAUCGGAGCCCAGCACCUGGUGAACCACCAUUUGUCAAGGUGGGAGAUAAAGUGCAGAAAGGGCAGGUUAUUUGCAUUAUUGAGGCCAUGAAACUGAUGAACGAAAUUGAAGCUGAUAAAUCAGGAACAAUAGCUGAGGUACUGGCGGAGGAUGGGAAACCAGUCAGUGUCGACUCGCCUCUUUUUGCAAUUGCACCAUGAGUUCCAGAAGGUACCUUACUCCAAAGUUUGAUGGAAACCUCUGUUGGCUCAAGACUGAUAAUAUCACUAGAUUUUCAUUAUUCAGAUAUUUCUUGUGCAAUAAUGUUUGUCCCAUUUUAGGAAAAUCCUUCUCCCUAUUUAUUCAAGAGACAUUCUAAGACAUAAAAGCCACGGCAUAUCAGAAGGAAUGUUGGAAUUUGUACUUCUAAACAGUUUUAAUAUUGUAGUCUCAAAAGAUUUUUAUACAUUUGCUUUCUCAA